UCGCGGUGACGUCAGCCCGCGCACAGAAUAACAACAAGAAGCGGUGUAAAAUGGCGAAAGCGGGCGCUGUGAUCCUGUUCGCCGUCUUCGCGAACGCGGCAUUCGUUGGCGUCAGCGCAGAGAGCAAUGCUCAAAUCAACGUGCUGGUGCAAUCGCUCAACCAGUCCCGGCAGUUUGAGGUUCGUUUGGACGUGACGGUGAGCGAGGGUAAAGUCUCUGUGAACACGCAUCCCGUGGGCAGCAAUGUGGUGACUCGUGUGGAUUGCCAGGCUGACGUGGCGGAGCUGGCCACUGACGGAGUGUCGGUGCUGCAGCAGUGGUCGUCCCCCGUGAGUCUCCGUGUGCUCGUGCUCGAGUCUCCCAUCUCGGGGCAGCCAGGCCGGCCGGGCAUCGUGGCCCAGCUGCAGGUGACGGACAUCGACUCAACGCAGGUGACCCAGGCGUUGGUGCCGAUGCUGGAGGUGACGUUUGGAAUGUCGCAGAACGAAGUGCGGCGCGCAACGUGGAGCGUGCCCAUGGAGGAGAGUAUGCUGUACAGCAUGCCACGUGACGCGGACACCUACGGCACACUGCCCAACACGCCGGGGAAAGAGCUGCCCGCGGGACCCCUGCAGACGACCAGCCACUACCCGAUGGGUCAAGCAGAGACCACUCUGGAGGAAGCGGCCGCUCCGGGGAAGCUCCCGGAGACGCCGCUGCGCGCCGAGCCUCCUUCCUCAUACAAGCUGGUGUGUCAGCGGGCCGAGAUGCUGCGCCAGGAGGUGUGCCGCCUGUGGAGGAGCCUGUGGCAGCAGGCCUUGCCGCUGGUGUGCGGCGCGGCGCUGCUCGUGGUGGUGGGGGCGCUGGGCGGCACCGUCAUCGUGCUCGGCCUCCGCGUGCUGUGCCCGCACGCGCACGACAGCAAGUUCGACUCGAAGGCGUUUUACGUGGACAACCUCCAGAUGGACUUCCAGCCGCUCAUCGUCGACAAGAAAGGGACACCUUGCUAGGAAGAUGGGGGGAGCGCACUUUAACCCCCGAGCUGAUUUCAGUGAAACCUCCCCACCACCCCCACCACUCCCCACCACCCCCACCACUCCCCCCACCCCUUGUUACUUACGCGGCCAUAAGCUGCCAGCUGUCCCUCCCCCCCCAUCAUUGCGCGCGAGUUCUCCAUGCCCCUCCCGGUUGUCCGUCUCUUCUGUCUCGCUCGCACUCUCUCGGUUUUCCUUUGAGAGCCACGCUCCUCGUCGAGAGUGGAAGUAACGAUGCUGGCUCGCUGUGUAUCGGAACGGUUGUGCUGUGUAACAAGAGUGAUAACGAUGAUGAUAUUGACGAUAAUGUUUCCUUUCCUUGCGUUCAACAUUGAGUCCAUAGACUAUGAAUCCAUUAGGAAUUCCUAGGGCUUGUGCUCUUGAUGCCUGAGGCUCGUAGAGCCAGAUUAUUGCAGGUUUAUGGUUCAUUGUUCAUUACUAGGAUGUAGUCUUGGGCUAGUUUUUAGAAUGGAUUCUUAGGGCUCCAUGCUAAUACCUGAGGCUCGUAGAGACGCACUAAGGUACUGCUUGGAUUGUUAGGCAUCACUGAUUAUUCCUAAGGCUCACAUGGCCAGCUUUAGGAUCCAUUGUUAACCACUGAAAUUCACAGAGCCAGGCUUCAGGACCUUUAGGGUUCUUAGAAUAAAGCAUUCAUACCUAAUACUCACCGACAUAGAAUAAUGCACUUUAAAAGAUUCUUACGGACCAUUGGUAACUGCUGAUAUUCACACUCACAAAUGAGGACACAACGAAGGCACACGUAGGGGUGGGUUUUUUUGCACGCUUAUUCCUGAGGCUCGAUGGAGCCAGACGAAGGCAUCCAUCCCCCUGAGGGUUCAAAUCGGAGGAGUUCCCCUCUGCGAAGUUUUUUUCUUUUCUUCAGCCAACGCCGGUGGCUGUCACUUGCCACACCGGGGGGCGCGCGACGCGGUCAGAUUGUGCAGCCUGGGGCUUUCCAUUUGGCGUUGCCGCGGCCGCCGAAAUAACAUUGAUUGCCGUUGUGGCAGGCGUUCCACCACCCCGUGGAGCGGAAUUCUCCCCGAAACGCACGCCCAAUCUCGUUCACGUCUCUCUAAACUGGUCGUUGUCGGUGGGGACGGGUGGGGCCGCCUUGGGAUUGCCAGGGGUUGUUGCCGUCGUCGCGAGGGCCGCGACAACGGCGGGGGGAGGGUGGCCAGGAGAUGGCAGCACAGCAACGGGUGCGGUCCACAGAAUGAGGUCUGGCCCACUGCCUCGAUUCAGUGUUGCGAGAUUGAAUCCACCCUCACGGAGCCUUUGAAGGGUCACCUGCCUCGUGCGGGUUGCUGGGUUUCUCCGGCUGCUCCGGGGCUUUCCUCCCAAGUGAAGCCAGAAACGAUUCAUCGUGCAGCUGGCCAGACAUACCAGAUUCACAGGACCCUCGCCGCUAAAUGAUUCUCGAGGCGCUGUGAGAUGUUUUUUCCUGGGUAAAUAAACUGGCAUUAUCCUUAUUAUAAAAAUCUGCUUACUGUGAAUAUCAAAUUACCGGCCCCUGUGAUUGUCAUGAACCUGGUCAGACCGUCUUAACCCAACACGGCCGUCAUCCCAGCAGCACGCAGCCACUCUCGCAGCCACUCCCGCAGCGCAUCGCACGACGCAGACUCUGCACUGGCUCCCUCCUCACGGUGCACACCGCACGUUGAGGUCACCGUCGCAUCGGGUGCCACGGUGGCUAGGAGAUUUCGAUUUAAAGCUUUCGUGACUGCAGGGAUUCAUCUUCUUGGUUCUUUCGGUAAAGUCACGUAGAUGGGAAAUAAUACAAUAAUAAAAAUAAAACAUAAUAAAAACGUCGUGAGAAUUAUUUUAUUCUGUUUUCUUUUCAUUAUUUUAUUAUUUCCCUUCUACGUGACUUUACUGAAAUAACCAAGAAGAUGGCUAGGAUAUGUUAACGACCUCGCCUGGUAUACAGCAGGUCGUGGGUUCCAUCCCGACCCGUGAUGCCUGCUGCUGUAUAUUUGGAGUUUGUGGUGUCUCUCUUCCCUGUGGGUCGCGUGGAUUUUUUUCCGGGUCCUUCGGCUUUUCCCUCCGCAUUUAGAAUCAACGUGCGUUCAGAGUAUUUGUUUGCGUUAAAUUUCCACGCGAUAAGCCACUUUGUUGAGCUAUCAUUUGUGAUAGAGCUCAGUGCGGCCUUACCCGGUAAAACUAAAAUAGUUUUGGUGCAGCGCACCAGAGUGCCGGUGCCGGUCUGUGUCUCGCAGCAACAAGGGGCCUGGGUUCGAAUCCCGACCUCUCUGUGUGGCGUUUGUGUGUUCCCUCUCCCCCUGUUUUGCGUGGGUUUCCCCCGGGUCCUCCUGUUUCCUCCCAUCGCCAAAAUAAUCAGACAAGGACAUUGCUGCCGGCCAAGAGCAGUCACAGUCACAGGCCCAAACGUGACCUGCACAUCGCUCAAUUGAGAUCGCGCUGCCACAUUGCCCCCGACCUGCUGAGAAAGAGUUGAGGCUGGCUGAGGCUUUCAUGAACUAUUUACAAACUUAACUAUUAUUUUAUUUUUGCAGUUAAGGCCCAAAUAAGCUAAAUACUCCAAACACACGACGUCGAUUCUUAAUGUGGAGGGAAUAAACCAGAGGACCUGGAGAAAAAUUCACGCCUCCACGGGGAGGGAGAGACACGCAAACUUCAAAUAUACAGCAGCAGGCGUCAGGGUCGGGAUCGAACCCACUGCCUGUAUACUUGGCGAGGUAGUUAACAUCUCCUAGCCACCGUGCAUGAGCAAACGUCGCAAUAUAAUGAUUUGAGCGCACAGCGGAGGUGAGCGUGCAGCGUGUGUGAAUGUGCCGUCUAGAACAAACAAGACCCACAGGGCCUUGUUCUUGGGCCGAGUCCCCUUCGUGACUCGUGGCCGGGAGUCUCCCAGCAGAUGUCCCCGUGACCAGGCGGAUUGUGCCGCGUGCAUCGGCGUGACCCUUCGUGGCCCCGCUGAGGCUGCGAUCGCUGCGGUUGCAGAGGUGGGCAGUGAUUUUGUUGUGAUCUGGCCCUCCCCCCCCCCCCCCCGUUGGUCUCGUCCCCCGUGCAGUCGUUGCUAUGGAUCUUUCUUUCAUGUUUGUUUCGAUGGUACGUAAACGCGCGCACGUGAAAUCCGAUUGCUUUUUUGUGUUUGAUGGAAAGGAACCACUCGUUGCGCAUGCUUGCGCGCGCACACACGCACACGUAUACAUGCGCACAGUAUAGCCUCAAACAGACUGCUGGGGCAAGUUCUGUUAGCGGGCACGGCACACGAGGUGGUGCUGAUGUUUACACACCACACCAGGCUGAGUUGGACUUACGGGGAGGCCCAGGACCGAUUCGAAUGUUUGCCGCUGUUUUUUUAUGUGGUCCUGAGCGGGCAUCGAACGCGAGAUUUGCCACGUUCGCAGGCGCGCCAGCCGCUGCGCAAACGCACACGCACGUUCACACGCACGCUUACACGUUCACACGCUUACACGUUCACACGCUUACACGUUCACACGCUUACACGUUCACACGCUUACACGUUCACACGUGCGCGCGUGAGAAUUAUUAUAAAUCACAGCCCUUGUGUCACUUCACUCCUGCUUGUAGGCGUCCUCCGACACCCCAUUGGCAAUCAUGGGGGGGGGGGGGGUUUUGACCAUACUUCACCACGCUGGUCCGUUCGAGUUUAGUUCAGAGCUUAUAUCCACACACACAAAUGAGUACACACAGAUUCCCCAAUUAGCCUUUUGAUGUGUUGGGGGCAAGUGCCGAUUGCCACUUUGCAUGCACAAGUGUGCCCACGGACAGUAUACACACACACAACAAAGCCCCCCCGUAUAGCCUUAACAGACUGUUGGGGCAAGUGCUGUUAGCGAGCAGCACCUAUGACGACCGCCACGGCACACGAAGGGGUGGGUGAGCAAAACCACGCCCGGCCGCCUUUGUCUCCCCAGUGGCGAUGUUUACACACCACACCAAUGUACUGAUUUGAGGCCGAAUCGACCUAGGGGAGGCCCAGGAAUGGUUCAUGUAUUCACCACUGUUAUUGAUAUAAGCAGGAAUUGAACUCUGGUCGCCGGCUUUGCAGCGCAGCGCGCUAACCACUACGCCACCGCCCCCCCCCACACGUGUGUAGAUACACAACACACAAGCACGCACACACAUGUAGAUACACAACACACAAGCACGCACACUCUCCUUGGGAGCUAAGAUAGGCACCGAGACCCUACUAGCCUUGUGUGUGUCUUGUUUUUAUUUUGUUCACCAGAAUCACAGCGGUUUGUUUUAAUCACCGAAAUGUAAUUGUUCUAUCAUCCGUUCACCCAAAUUGGGCUUCCAGAUGAAUUUUGUCCCAGUCGUGGCUGUUUAACAAACGCAAGCCUUGGACCAGUUUGUGAUAGCCACACUGCUAUCAUCAUCACCAUCAUCAUCAUCCACGAUCUUAUCUGCUGUUGGAUGAGGAGCCUGCCCCCACACAAGCAUUCGCCGUGCCGCAGUCUUCACGACGCAACGACCACCGUCGUUCUGCAUCGCUGACGAUGCGAGCGGAUCGUAUCGCUUCUCAUCGAGGGUGGGGGGGGGGGGCACGUGGUGGUGGGGGGGGGGGCACGUGGUGGGGGGGGGGCACGUGGUGGUGGGGCUUGGGGCAGGGCACUGCUGCCACCUCUGGGCUGCCACUGUUGUUGUGUUCGUCUCGCAGAGUCCACCGCGGCCCAGGAGAUGUUUUUGUUUAGGGGGGGGGGGGGGGUUAAAGGCCCCACGCGUCCGUGGUUUGUGUGGCCCGCGUUUGUCACCGGGCGGGUGACUGGGGUGGUCGGCCACGCUCCUGGAGGCGGGUUUCUCUCUUGGCUGUGUUGUACAUGAGCCGGACGAUGACAUUACAACGUGUUACGGUUCGCGCGUAAUUGUUCUCAACAACCUAAAACAACAACAAUCUCGUUUACUUCUCUCGCCUAAGUGGUGUCUGUGAAAACAAACGGCUGCGGUUUGUUGGGAAUUUAAAAAAUAACAAAUGUAAGUGUCACACCAAACUUCCAAAAGCCAGGGGGGGGGGGGGGGGGGUCCCCUCGUGACGCCACGGAGUUGCGAGGUUUGCGCGUCCACGCGUCGCCCGGAUGAAGAUUGUCGAGGUGUCGGUGGUGCAACGAGGAGUCGCGUGGUCGUGUUGUGGGACAGGCAGUGAGCGGGCCUUGCCCAGGCGGUGGUUGUCUCUCAUCCAUGGUCGUCGUUAUUAUCACCACCAUCGUCAUCAUCGUCAUGAUCGUCACCACCGUCGUUAUCAUCCAAAUUAUUGAUACAACACAAGUUCACAACAGGCCAAGCAGCCGAUGCUUCCACUUAACACUGCAGGGUCGGAGGAGGCAUCGACUCGUCGGGGUUGAGACAUUCGGAGAGGGCCUUCAGAGAUGAUCAGCCAGGGCAGUUCCUCUCCGCUGUGACGAUGCGUGGUCCCAUUUCACUUGCCUCACCAACAUCUCUCUGGACAUCACGCUUCGCCGAAUCGUCGCCUGUAACUUGUGUUGUACCGUUUUUCUGAGCGAGUAGGUUUAUGGGGGGGGGGGGGGGUUAUUUGUUUUAUCUUGGCACCGAGAAGAAACGAAGCGGCCGCGAUUGUGACGAGCACUUGAGUCGCGGCUCCCUGACGAGUCGUCACACGCGGCGGAGACGACGUCUCUCGCAGCAAAUCGCUGCGCAGGUGGAGGUGGGGGGGGGUCUCUUGUCUCGCCCGCUCAACUGGUUGCAGAGGCGCGUCCCCCUCCGUUGGAGCGACUCGGUUGCAUGCAACCGGUCGCUUGGGUGUGAACCAGGAUUGGAGCGUCUCUAAGACACGAUGAGCAUGUUGUAUAAUUUGUUUAAGUGAACGAUUCUUGAGCAGGCGAUCGUGAAACGAAUGAGCACGAGUCGGGCUCAUUUGGCGUUUUGUUUUUCCGUUUCGUAAUUUAAAAUUUGCGUUGCGGGAGUCGGAUGUUCCACGCGUUGAGGUUGUGUAUUUGUUGUUGUUGGUUUAUCAAUAAUGAUUGCACUGGGGGGAGGGGGUGGGGGGGACCGGGGUCACGUGAUGAGGAGUUAGGCCCCCUUGUGCAACUUCGACAGAUGUUAACGAUGAUGAUGGUGAUGCCACUCACCGUCGGCUUGCGCGGGCAGUGUUCAGAACAGCUGUUAUUUUGGGUUGUCAAAGCCGCCACCACCCGACGCGGCCACUUUAUCAAGGGGUUUGUCACGCAAACAGACACGUGCCAAUUCGUUACUCGUUCAGCACACCCGGUGUGUCGGAGAGUAAACCCACAACAUUUACAACUUGAGUACGACGUUUCGGCACGAUCGCCCGAUGAAGGCUGGGUGUUGUAAUUACCAGAGGAACGUCGUGCUAUAUUGCACAUGUUGUGGGUUAACGCUCCCAAACACGUCGGUGAGUGCUGAACUGGCAACUAAUUGGCAGGUUUCGUUUACGUGGCAAACCUUACUGAUUGGCUGUGUCGGGUGGUGGUGGGUUAACGACACAUUCAUGUUUACGCGAUAAAACCCAAAGUAACUGUUAUUGUGAAUAUCUCUGGGAGGCUCAACCAGGACACACGGUGGCACUAGAAGCCCCUCCCACCGUCGGUCCCUCCCACACAGACCACGCCCACUCCCACACAGGCCCCGCCCACUCCCACACAGGCCCGCCCACACAGACCACGCCCACUCAUUCACAGACCACGCCCACUCACUCAGACCCCCGCCCACUUUCAUACAGACCCCGCCCACUCACAGACCCCGCCCACUCCCUCACAGACCCCGCCCACUCCGAUACAGACCACGCCCACUCGCUCACAGACCACGCCCACUCCCACAACAGACCACUCCCACAACAGACCACGCCCACUCACAGACCCCUCCCACACAGACCCCGCCCACUCCCUCACAAACCCCGCCCACUCCGAUACAGACCACGCCCACUCGCUCACAGACCACUCCCACAACAGACCACGCCCACUCACACACAGGUCCCGCCCACUCACACACAGGCCCCGCCCACUCCCUCACAGACCCCGCCCACCCUCACAGGCCCCGCCCACUCACACAGGCCCCGCCCACUCACACAGGCCCCGCCCCCCGAUGGGGGUGUGGAGGCUGGUGGUGGCGCUGUGCUGCAACAGAAGCGGACUGCCGCGGAGUCGCCGAUCGUGCAAAAUGUUCAGCCAAUCAAAAGCGUGUCGCACGACGGCAUCCCAACUGAAUUGGAUGUCUACAUCUACGAUCGAUUGGCAAAGGCAUCGAUGUGUCGACUUUAACCCACAUCGCGAUCGACUUUUGAGCACGGCUUGCCGGUUCGAACGGAGCGAGAACCCAUACUCGUGGAACCUCGAGAAUAAUUUAUGGGCAAGGUCCACGUCCCCGUCGAGAGACGUCAUGCCCCCGUGGGGAGACCCCACUCCCCCGUGGGGAGACACCACUCCCCCCACUCCCCCCCCCUUUGCUUGGCCAACAUCGCUGGCGGCUGUGUGCGUGGUGGUGGUGGUGGUGUCCCCCACGGCGCUGUUUUGCUCCCGAGCGCAUCGCUGCCAACCCCUUGUUGUUGUGGGUGCCCUCCUACCUUGAUGUAAGACCAGCUCAGACCGUAAUGUCGGACACCCCGUGGCCCUCAUACAUCUCAACGUUCAUCUCACAAAGUCCCGUCACAAGGGAGAGAAACACAAACAAAUAGACACAAACUCGUGUUUUGCCCGCAUUGAAACGGCUGUUACUCCGUAUGGAUCUGCAAACUCCCUGUACAAGAAUACGGGGCCAACCGAUUGGGUUUACAGCUCUGCUGCUAUACACCACGACGAUGCACCACGAUAAACCUGUCAACUCCUUAUCAGUGCCCCAACCUCAGUGCAGACCAAUUCAGACCUUAGUGGUCACCCCGUGCCCCUUAGAAAUCCCAACGUUCAUCCUACAAAGUGAUAUCACAAGGGAGAAAAACAGACAGUUUUUGUUGAUGCCCGUAUUGAAACGUCUGUACGCCGUAUGGACCUGAAAACUCAAUUUCCCUGCACAAGAAUACGGGCUAAGCCGUGUGGGUUGACAGGUGUUCUGAUGAGACACGUGUCAAAUCCGGUCCAGAGUGUUGUUUUGUUGAACCAGGUGUAUACAGCAUGUGCACAAAAUAUCACUGACGCCGAGUCGAGAGAUGUGGAGCCCUGGCGAACUGGGUCUUGGCCGCGUCCCAACUUUGAGCCAAGUGGCUUCGAGGGAAUUCUGAGGGUUCGAGUCCUGGCUCUGGGUGUCUCCUGCAGCCUUGACGGAGCCCCCCCCCCCCCCCGUGGGUUGUGGCAACCGUCCGAAUGAAUUGUCAGGCACGCGAUGGACGACGCGGCAGGGAGUUUCCACAGUGGCCGUGUCGUCUUCACCGAGCCGUGGUUCACUUUUCCGACUUCUGUGAACCGGUCCCCCCUCGCCCUUCAAAUGUAUUGCUGGAACACGCAAACGCACAAACACGCAACAACAACAACAAAAAACAACCGAGGCGUCGAUAUUUACACAGCACCCGGUUCUUUAAUCAUCAUUAUCCCGAAACUGUGUUUGACACAAAGAUGUUUUCCUUUGCGACGUAUUAAAAUGUAUACCUGUGUUAUUA